AUGACAAUCCCGCGAUUCGCGCAGCAGGAAACCCCAACCCUGAGAGAGAGAUAUCCAGGUGCUCUCCUAGCAAUAUUUCGCCAGUUUUGGUCCCCCAUCAAAGCAGCCAUCGGCAUCAACUCGGCCGACAAUCUCUGUCUUCUUCUGGCCGCAGGCGCAAAUCCUAAUGGCAUCGGGCGCUCGGAGACCGCCGACUAUUCAGUCCGGUUUAUGCGCGGACGCGAUUAUGAGGAUAAUUUCAAUGGCCUUGGGAUCUGCCACACUCUCCUCCACAUUGCUUGUCUCCCCAUACACGCCUUUCAAAUAGAUGCGCAGAACCCUAAGGUGGCCGUAAGAAUCCAUUGCGCACGCACGCUAGAUUAUUACUACAAGCAUCCGAGGUUGCCGGUUCCCUCUUUUCUACGCUCCAAGAGGGCGCUACAAACGGCUCCACAAGGUCCUGACUCGUUAACGUGGCCGCAGCAACAAGCACAGCUCGCUACUAUCCGGGUUUUGAUCCAGGCGCAGGCGCAAGCGCAAACAGACACAGGAUUCAAUCUUGAUGUCAAGGCACAGGAUGUUGACGGCAACACGGCGCUCCACUAUCUUGCCGGGACAUUGAAUAUGUCUCAGGAGACGAUCGACCUCCUUCGAGAAAUGGACGGGGGUGAAGAGGUUUGGCGGGAGGCUAGGAAUUACUGGGGGCUGACGCCGAGUCGGUUGUGUGGUAAGUAG